UAUUAAUUUUGAUAUAAAAAACUGUUUUAAAAAAUAAUAAUAAAGCCAUCCGAAACUAGGCCGAAGACAUUCGGUGGAUGGAAAUUAAAAAACUACAUUUUUUUAUUCAUUUGGUUCGAUUCUCUUAAAAUUGCUUCUCGUAAAGUAAAGCUCAUUGAUCACCAUAAAUAGCCGCCUGGCCGUUUAGUAGCCUUCAAGAGCGUAGAGGUUGAGAGGCCUCAUGGUGAUUAAAAUGGAUGAAAGGCAAAGACUAAUAUUAAAACCUAUCUUGGUGAUGUUAGCUUCUAGCAUCGUAUCCGCUGUCAUGAUUGUGCUGAACAAGAAGGUUUUGGAAGAUGGAUUGGACGUGCUUGUUCUAAUUACCUACCGCCUUCUUGUGGCUGUUCUCUUCAUUGCUCCAAUUGCUUUCUUCUUUGAAAGAAAGAGCAGACCUAAACUUUCCUUUGGGAUUCUAAUAUGCCUUUUUGUCAGCGCAAUUCUUGGGAACUCGCUGACCCAGUAUCUCUUCUACCUGGGAUUGAAGUUCACUUCUGCAACUUAUGCUGCUGCUUUCUUCAACAUGACCCCCGUCAUCACCUUCCUUCUCUCCAUAGUCUUCCGGCAGGAGACUUCGAACUUCAGAAGCUGGGCUGGUCUGGCGAAGGCAGUAGGGACGGCGGUGAACCUUGGUGGUGGGAUGAUGCUGACGUUUUACAAAGGGAUGGUGUUAACUAAAUCAUCAAUGGCGGACGGGCUGGGCCAACAUAAUCGAUUGGCUUCGGCGUCUAUGCAUGGGAGCAAGAGAUCGACGUUGGGAUCACUUGCUUUGCUUCUGGGUUGCUUCUUGUGGGCUCUGUGGUUUCCUCUUCAAUCGAGGAUUGUAAGGAGAUACCGGGCUCUCUAUACUGCUACUGCCAUUGUUUUCUUCUUCAGCUUUCUCCAGACUGCACUCAUCAGCUUCUCAAUACAGAAAGGCCUUUCUCUUUGGAUUCUACGGUCCAAGUUUCAGAUCUUUACUGUAGUCUAUGGGGGCAUUGUUGGCUCUGGCUUGUCCUUCUUGGCGAGCUCAUGGUGCGUGGAGAAGAGGGGUCCAGUUUUUGCGAUAGCAUUUUUCCCAGUCACACAAGUUGCAGUGGCCAUCAUUGAUGUCUCCUUACUACAUGAACAACUUCACCUUGGGAGCCUUCUGGGGUCUAUUGUUAUAAUAUCUGGCCUUUAUAUUCUUCUAUGGGGAAAAAGCAAAGAGGCAUCGGAUUCUGGCUCUCUAUCAAAGUCCAGUGAAACAAGAACAAUUAACCUUGAAGCUUCAUCUACAGCUCCUUAACUAGGCCUUGCUUGUGCGGCUUAAUUUACUUAUCAUGCGCUAUUUGAUGCUUAUAUUUGCUAUAUGUAGUAUUGUCAGCUUAUUUUUGCAAGUUUGAACAUUUUCUCUUGUUUUCUUCUAAGUGGUGAGUGCUAUCGUAUGUCGCCUUGAAGCAUUGCUUCUCUCCUCAAUGAGGACCUCAUCAAUGUAACUUUUUUUUUUUUUUGAAGGGUGUAAAAGAAGAGAUUUUUAGUAAAUUUAUGUGGCUAUGA